AUGGCGGUAUCGCUGGCAGGGCCGUCGUAUUACCCCUCUGCUGCGUAUGCGACUGUGAAUGGAGAGACAGCGGCGGGGGACGUGGUGGUUGCUGCAGCUGGCGGGGCAGCGCUGGAUGAUUACUCGGCGGCGGGGGACGUGGUGGUUGCUGCAGCUGGCGGGGCAGCGCUGGAUGAUUACUCGGCGGCGGGGGACGUGGUGGUUGCUGCAGCUGGCGGGGCAGCGCUGGAUGAUUACUCGGCGGCGGGGGACGUGGUGGUUGCUGCAGCUGGCGGGGCAGCGCUGGAUGAUUACUCGGCGGCGGGGGACGUGGUGGUUGCUGCAGCUGGCGGGGCAGCGCUGGAUGAUUACUCGGCGGCGGGGGACGUGGUGGUUGCUGCAGCUGGCGGGGCAGCGCUGGAUGAUUACUCGGCGGCGGGGGACGUGGUGGUUGCUGCAGCUGGCGGGGCAGCGCUGGAUGAUUACUCGGCGGCGGGGGACGUGGUGGUUGCUGCAGCUGGCGGGGCAGCGCUGGAUGAUUACUCGGCGGCGGGGGACGUGGUGGUUGCUGCAGCUGGCGGGGCAGCGCUGGAUGAUUACUCGGCGGCGGGGGACGUGGUGGUUGCUGCAGCUGGCGGGGCAGCGCUGGAUGAUUACUCGGCGGCGGGGGACGUGGUGGUUGCUGCAGCUGGCGGGGCAGCGCUGGAUGAUUACUCGGCGGCGGGGGACGUGGUGGUUGCUGCAGCUGGCGGGGCAGCGCUGGAUGAUUACUCGGCGGCGGGGGACGUGGUGGUUGCUGCAGCUGGCGGGGCAGCGCUGGAUGAUUACUCGGCGGCGGGGGACGUGGUGGUUGCUGCAGCUGGCGGGGCAGCGCUGGAUGAUUACUCGGCGGCGGGGGACGUGGUGGUUGCUGCAGCUGGCGGGGCAGCGCUGGAUGAUUACUCGGCGGCGGGGGACGUGGUGGUUGCUGCAGCUGGCGGGGCAGCGCUGGAUGAUUACUCGGCGGCGGGGGACGUGGUGGUUGCUGCAGCUGGCGGGGCAGCGCUGGAUGAUUACUCGGCGGCGGGGGACGUGGUGGUUGCUGCAGCUGGCGGGGCAGCGCUGGAUGAUUACUCGGCGGCGGGGGACGUGGUGGUUGCUGCAGCUGGCGGGGCAGCGCUGGAUGAUUACUCGGCGGCGGGGGACGUGGUGGUUGCUGCAGCUGGCGGGGCAGCGCUGGAUGAUUACUCGGCGGCGGGGGACGUGGUGGUUGCUGCAGCUGGCGGGGCAGCGCUGGAUGAUUACUCGGCGGCGGGGGACGUGGUGGUUGCUGCAGCUGGCGGGGCAGCGCUGGAUGAUUACUCGGCGGCGGGGGACGUGGUGGUUGCUGCAGCUGGCGGGGCAGCGCUGGAUGAUUACUCGGCGGCGGGGGACGUGGUGGUUGCUGCAGCUGGCGGGGCAGCGCUGGAUGAUUACUCGGCGGCGGGGGACGUGGUGGUUGCUGCAGCUGGCGGGGCAGCGCUGGAUGAUUACUCGGCGGCGGGGGACGUGGUGGUUGCUGCAGCUGGCGGGGCAGCGCUGGAUGAUUACUCGGCGGCGGGGGACGUGGUGGUUGCUGCAGCUGGCGGGGCAGCGCUGGAUGAUUACUCGGCGGCGGGGGACGUGGUGGUUGCUGCAGCUGGCGGGGCAGCGCUGGAUGAUUACUCGGCGGCGGGGGACGUGGUGGUUGCUGCAGCUGGCGGGGCAGCGCUGGAUGAUUACUCGGCGGCGGGGGACGUGGUGGUUGCUGCAGCUGGCGGGGCAGCGCUGGAUGAUUACUCGGCGGCGGGGGACGUGGUGGUUGCUGCAGCUGGCGGGGCAGCGCUGGAUGAUUACUCGGCGGCGGGGGACGUGGUGGUUGCUGCAGCUGGCGGGGCAGCGCUGGAUGAUUACUCGGCGGCGGGGGACGUGGUGGUUGCUGCAGCUGGCGGGGCAGCGCUGGAUGAUUACUCGGCGGCGGGGGACGUGGUGGUUGCUGCAGCUGGCGGGGCAGCGCUGGAUGAUUACUCGGCGGCGGGGGACGUGGUGGUUGCUGCAGCUGGCGGGGCAGCGCUGGAUGAUUACUCGGCGGCGGGGGACGUGGUGGUUGCUGCAGCUGGCGGGGCAGCGCUGGAUGAUUACUCGGCGGCGGGGGACGUGGUGGUUGCUGCAGCUGGCGGGGCAGCGCUGGAUGAUUACUCGGCGGCGGGGGACGUGGUGGUUGCUGCAGCUGGCGGGGCAGCGCUGGAUGAUUACUCGGCGGCGGGGGACGUGGUGGUUGCUGCAGCUGGCGGGGCAGCGCUGGAUGAUUACUCGGCGGCGGGGGACGUGGUGGUUGCUGCAGCUGGCGGGGCAGCGCUGGAUGAUUACUCGGCGGCGGGGGACGUGGUGGUUGCUGCAGCUGGCGGGGCAGCGCUGGAUGAUUACUCGGCGGCGGGGGACGUGGUGGUUGCUGCAGCUGGCGGGGCAGCGCUGGAUGAUUACUCGGCGGCGGGGGACGUGGUGGUUGCUGCAGCUGGCGGGGCAGCGCUGGAUGAUUACUCGGCGGCGGGGGACGUGGUGGUUGCUGCAGCUGGCGGGGCAGCGCUGGAUGAUUACUCGGCGGCGGGGGACGUGGUGGUUGCUGCAGCUGGCGGGGCAGCGCUGGAUGAUUACUCGGCGGCGGGGGACGUGGUGGUUGCUGCAGCUGGCGGGGCAGCGCUGGAUGAUUACUCGGCGGCGGGGGACGUGGUGGUUGCUGCAGCUGGCGGGGCAGCGCUGGAUGAUUACUCGGCGGCGGGGGACGUGGUGGUUGCUGCAGCUGGCGGGGCAGCGCUGGAUGAUUACUCGGCGGCGGGGGACGUGGUGGUUGCUGCAGCUGGCGGGGCAGCGCUGGAUGAUUACUCGGCGGCGGGGGACGUGGUGGUUGCUGCAGCUGGCGGGGCAGCGCUGGAUGAUUACUCGGCGGCGGGGGACGUGGUGGUUGCUGCAGCUGGCGGGGCAGCGCUGGAUGAUUACUCGGCGGCGGGGGACGUGGUGGUUGCUGCAGCUGGCGGGGCAGCGCUGGAUGAUUACUCGGCGGCGGGGGACGUGGUGGUUGCUGCAGCUGGCGGGGCAGCGCUGGAUGAUUACUCGGCGGCGGGGGACGUGGUGGUUGCUGCAGCUGGCGGGGCAGCGCUGGAUGAUUACUCGGCGGCGGGGGACGUGGUGGUUGCUGCAGCUGGCGGGGCAGCGCUGGAUGAUUACUCGGCGGCGGGGGACGUGGUGGUUGCUGCAGCUGGCGGGGCAGCGCUGGAUGAUUACUCGGCGGCGGGGGACGUGGUGGUUGCUGCAGCUGGCGGGGCAGCGCUGGAUGAUUACUCGGCGGCGGGGGACGUGGUGGUUGCUGCAGCUGGCGGGGCAGCGCUGGAUGAUUACUCGGCGGCGGGGGACGUGGUGGUUGCUGCAGCUGGCGGGGCAGCGCUGGAUGAUUACUCGGCGGCGGGGGACGUGGUGGUUGCUGCAGCUGGCGGGGCAGCGCUGGAUGAUUACUCGGCGGCGGGGGACGUGGUGGUUGCUGCAGCUGGCGGGGCAGCGCUGGAUGAUUACUCGGCGGCGGGGGACGUGGUGGUUGCUGCAGCUGGCGGGGCAGCGCUGGAUGAUUACUCGGCGGCGGGGGACGUGGUGGUUGCUGCAGCUGGCGGGGCAGCGCUGGAUGAUUACUCGGCGGCGGGGGACGUGGUGGUUGCUGCAGCUGGCGGGGCAGCGCUGGAUGAUUACUCGGCGGCGGGGGACGUGGUGGUUGCUGCAGCUGGCGGGGCAGCGCUGGAUGAUUACUCGGCGGCGGGGGACGUGGUGGUUGCUGCAGCUGGCGGGGCAGCGCUGGAUGAUUACUCGGCGGCGGGGGACGUGGUGGUUGCUGCAGCUGGCGGGGCAGCGCUGGAUGAUUACUCGGCGGCGGGGGACGUGGUGGUUGCUGCAGCUGGCGGGGCAGCGCUGGAUGAUUACUCGGCGGCGGGGGACGUGGUGGUUGCUGCAGCUGGCGGGGCAGCGCUGGAUGAUUACUCGGCGGCGGGGGACGUGGUGGUUGCUGCAGCUGGCGGGGCAGCGCUGGAUGAUUACUCGGCGGCGGGGGACGUGGUGGUUGCUGCAGCUGGCGGGGCAGCGCUGGAUGAUUACUCGGCGGCGGGGGACGUGGUGGUUGCUGCAGCUGGCGGGGCAGCGCUGGAUGAUUACUCGGCGGCGGGGGACGUGGUGGUUGCUGCAGCUGGCGGGGCAGCGCUGGAUGAUUACUCGGCGGCGGGGGACGUGGUGGUUGCUGCAGCUGGCGGGGCAGCGCUGGAUGAUUACUCGGCGGCGGGGGACGUGGUGGUUGCUGCAGCUGGCGGGGCAGCGCUGGAUGAUUACUCGGCGGCGGGGGACGUGGUGGUUGCUGCAGCUGGCGGGGCAGCGCUGGAUGAUUACUCGGCGGCGGGGGACGUGGUGGUUGCUGCAGCUGGCGGGGCAGCGCUGGAUGAUUACUCGGCGGCGGGGGACGUGGUGGUUGCUGCAGCUGGCGGGGCAGCGCUGGAUGAUUACUCGGCGGCGGGGGACGUGGUGGUUGCUGCAGCUGGCGGGGCAGCGCUGGAUGAUUACUCGGCGGCGGGGGACGUGGUGGUUGCUGCAGCUGGCGGGGCAGCGCUGGAUGAUUACUCGGCGGCGGGGGACGUGGUGGUUGCUGCAGCUGGCGGGGCAGCGCUGGAUGAUUACUCGGCGGCGGGGGACGUGGUGGUUGCUGCAGCUGGCGGGGCAGCGCUGGAUGAUUACUCGGCGGCGGGGGACGUGGUGGUUGCUGCAGCUGGCGGGGCAGCGCUGGAUGAUUACUCGGCGGCGGGGGACGUGGUGGUUGCUGCAGCUGGCGGGGCAGCGCUGGAUGAUUACUCGGCGGCGGGGGACGUGGUGGUUGCUGCAGCUGGCGGGGCAGCGCUGGAUGAUUACUCGGCGGCGGGGGACGUGGUGGUUGCUGCAGCUGGCGGGGCAGCGCUGGAUGAUUACUCGGCGGCGGGGGACGUGGUGGUUGCUGCAGCUGGCGGGGCAGCGCUGGAUGAUUACUCGGCGGCGGGGGACGUGGUGGUUGCUGCAGCUGGCGGGGCAGCGCUGGAUGAUUACUCGGCGGCGGGGGACGUGGUGGUUGCUGCAGCUGGCGGGGCAGCGCUGGAUGAUUACUCGGCGGCGGGGGACGUGGUGGUUGCUGCAGCUGGCGGGGCAGCGCUGGAUGAUUACUCGGCGGCGGGGGACGUGGUGGUUGCUGCAGCUGGCGGGGCAGCGCUGGAUGAUUACUCGGCGGCGGGGGACGUGGUGGUUGCUGCAGCUGGCGGGGCAGCGCUGGAUGAUUACUCGGCGGCGGGGGACGUGGUGGUUGCUGCAGCUGGCGGGGCAGCGCUGGAUGAUUACUCGGCGGCGGGGGACGUGGUGGUUGCUGCAGCUGGCGGGGCAGCGCUGGAUGAUUACUCGGCGGCGGGGGACGUGGUGGUUGCUGCAGCUGGCGGGGCAGCGCUGGAUGAUUACUCGGCGGCGGGGGACGUGGUGGUUGCUGCAGCUGGCGGGGCAGCGCUGGAUGAUUACUCGGCGGCGGGGGACGUGGUGGUUGCUGCAGCUGGCGGGGCAGCGCUGGAUGAUUACUCGGCGGCGGGGGACGUGGUGGUUGCUGCAGCUGGCGGGGCAGCGCUGGAUGAUUACUCGGCGGCGGGGGACGUGGUGGUUGCUGCAGCUGGCGGGGCAGCGCUGGAUGAUUACUCGGCGGCGGGGGACGUGGUGGUUGCUGCAGCUGGCGGGGCAGCGCUGGAUGAUUACUCGGCGGCGGGGGACGUGGUGGUUGCUGCAGCUGGCGGGGCAGCGCUGGAUGAUUACUCGGCGGCGGGGGACGUGGUGGUUGCUGCAGCUGGCGGGGCAGCGCUGGAUGAUUACUCGGCGGCGGGGGACGUGGUGGUUGCUGCAGCUGGCGGGGCAGCGCUGGAUGAUUACUCGGCGGCGGGGGACGUGGUGGUUGCUGCAGCUGGCGGGGCAGCGCUGGAUGAUUACUCGGCGGCGGGGGACGUGGUGGUUGCUGCAGCUGGCGGGGCAGCGCUGGAUGAUUACUCGGCGGCGGGGGACGUGGUGGUUGCUGCAGCUGGCGGGGCAGCGCUGGAUGAUUACUCGGCGGCGGGGGACGUGGUGGUUGCUGCAGCUGGCGGGGCAGCGCUGGAUGAUUACUCGGCGGCGGGGGACGUGGUGGUUGCUGCAGCUGGCGGGGCAGCGCUGGAUGAUUACUCGGCGGCGGGGGACGUGGUGGUUGCUGCAGCUGGCGGGGCAGCGCUGGAUGAUUACUCGGCGGCGGGGGACGUGGUGGUUGCUGCAGCUGGCGGGGCAGCGCUGGAUGAUUACUCGGCGGCGGGGGACGUGGUGGUUGCUGCAGCUGGCGGGGCAGCGCUGGAUGAUUACUCGGCGGCGGGGGACGUGGUGGUUGCUGCAGCUGGCGGGGCAGCGCUGGAUGAUUACUCGGCGGCGGGGGACGUGGUGGUUGCUGCAGCUGGCGGGGCAGCGCUGGAUGAUUACUCGGCGGCGGGGGACGUGGUGGUUGCUGCAGCUGGCGGGGCAGCGCUGGAUGAUUACUCGGCGGCGGGGGACGUGGUGGUUGCUGCAGCUGGCGGGGCAGCGCUGGAUGAUUACUCGGCGGCGGGGGACGUGGUGGUUGCUGCAGCUGGCGGGGCAGCGCUGGAUGAUUACUCGGCGGCGGGGGACGUGGUGGUUGCUGCAGCUGGCGGGGCAGCGCUGGAUGAUUACUCGGCGGCGGGGGACGUGGUGGUUGCUGCAGCUGGCGGGGCAGCGCUGGAUGAUUACUCGGCGGCGGGGGACGUGGUGGUUGCUGCAGCUGGCGGGGCAGCGCUGGAUGAUUACUCGGCGGCGGGGGACGUGGUGGUUGCUGCAGCUGGCGGGGCAGCGCUGGAUGAUUACUCGGCGGCGGGGGACGUGGUGGUUGCUGCAGCUGGCGGGGCAGCGCUGGAUGAUUACUCGGCGGCGGGGGACGUGGUGGUUGCUGCAGCUGGCGGGGCAGCGCUGGAUGAUUACUCGGCGGCGGGGGACGUGGUGGUUGCUGCAGCUGGCGGGGCAGCGCUGGAUGAUUACUCGGCGGCGGGGGACGUGGUGGUUGCUGCAGCUGGCGGGGCAGCGCUGGAUGAUUACUCGGCGGCGGGGGACGUGGUGGUUGCUGCAGCUGGCGGGGCAGCGCUGGAUGAUUACUCGGCGGCGGGGGACGUGGUGGUUGCUGCAGCUGGCGGGGCAGCGCUGGAUGAUUACUCGGCGGCGGGGGACGUGGUGGUUGCUGCAGCUGGCGGGGCAGCGCUGGAUGAUUACUCGGCGGCGGGGGACGUGGUGGUUGCUGCAGCUGGCGGGGCAGCGCUGGAUGAUUACUCGGCGGCGGGGGACGUGGUGGUUGCUGCAGCUGGCGGGGCAGCGCUGGAUGAUUACUCGGCGGCGGGGGACGUGGUGGUUGCUGCAGCUGGCGGGGCAGCGCUGGAUGAUUACUCGGCGGCGGGGGACGUGGUGGUUGCUGCAGCUGGCGGGGCAGCGCUGGAUGAUUACUCGGCGGCGGGGGACGUGGUGGUUGCUGCAGCUGGCGGGGCAGCGCUGGAUGAUUACUCGGCGGCGGGGGACGUGGUGGUUGCUGCAGCUGGCGGGGCAGCGCUGGAUGAUUACUCGGCGGCGGGGGACGUGGUGGUUGCUGCAGCUGGCGGGGCAGCGCUGGAUGAUUACUCGGCGGCGGGGGACGUGGUGGUUGCUGCAGCUGGCGGGGCAGCGCUGGAUGAUUACUCGGCGGCGGGGGACGUGGUGGUUGCUGCAGCUGGCGGGGCAGCGCUGGAUGAUUACUCGGCGGCGGGGGACGUGGUGGUUGCUGCAGCUGGCGGGGCAGCGCUGGAUGAUUACUCGGCGGCGGGGGACGUGGUGGUUGCUGCAGCUGGCGGGGCAGCGCUGGAUGAUUACUCGGCGGCGGGGGACGUGGUGGUUGCUGCAGCUGGCGGGGCAGCGCUGGAUGAUUACUCGGCGGCGGGGGACGUGGUGGUUGCUGCAGCUGGCGGGGCAGCGCUGGAUGAUUACUCGGCGGCGGGGGACGUGGUGGUUGCUGCAGCUGGCGGGGCAGCGCUGGAUGAUUACUCGGCGGCGGGGGACGUGGUGGUUGCUGCAGCUGGCGGGGCAGCGCUGGAUGAUUACUCGGCGGCGGGGGACGUGGUGGUUGCUGCAGCUGGCGGGGCAGCGCUGGAUGAUUACUCGGCGGCGGGGGACGUGGUGGUUGCUGCAGCUGGCGGGGCAGCGCUGGAUGAUUACUCGGCGGCGGGGGACGUGGUGGUUGCUGCAGCUGGCGGGGCAGCGCUGGAUGAUUACUCGGCGGCGGGGGACGUGGUGGUUGCUGCAGCUGGCGGGGCAGCGCUGGAUGAUUACUCGGCGGCGGGGGACGUGGUGGUUGCUGCAGCUGGCGGGGCAGCGCUGGAUGAUUACUCGGCGGCGGGGGACGUGGUGGUUGCUGCAGCUGGCGGGGCAGCGCUGGAUGAUUACUCGGCGGCGGGGGACGUGGUGGUUGCUGCAGCUGGCGGGGCAGCGCUGGAUGAUUACUCGGCGGCGGGGGACGUGGUGGUUGCUGCAGCUGGCGGGGCAGCGCUGGAUGAUUACUCGGCGGCGGGGGACGUGGUGGUUGCUGCAGCUGGCGGGGCAGCGCUGGAUGAUUACUCGGCGGCGGGGGACGUGGUGGUUGCUGCAGCUGGCGGGGCAGCGCUGGAUGAUUACUCGGCGGCGGGGGACGUGGUGGUUGCUGCAGCUGGCGGGGCAGCGCUGGAUGAUUACUCGGCGGCGGGGGACGUGGUGGUUGCUGCAGCUGGCGGGGCAGCGCUGGAUGAUUACUCGGCGGCGGGGGACGUGGUGGUUGCUGCAGCUGGCGGGGCAGCGCUGGAUGAUUACUCGGCGGCGGGGGACGUGGUGGUUGCUGCAGCUGGCGGGGCAGCGCUGGAUGAUUACUCGGCGGCGGGGGACGUGGUGGUUGCUGCAGCUGGCGGGGCAGCGCUGGAUGAUUACUCGGCGGCGGGGGACGUGGUGGUUGCUGCAGCUGGCGGGGCAGCGCUGGAUGAUUACUCGGCGGCGGGGGACGUGGUGGUUGCUGCAGCUGGCGGGGCAGCGCUGGAUGAUUACUCGGCGGCGGGGGACGUGGUGGUUGCUGCAGCUGGCGGGGCAGCGCUGGAUGAUUACUCGGCGGCGGGGGACGUGGUGGUUGCUGCAGCUGGCGGGGCAGCGCUGGAUGAUUACUCGGCGGCGGGGGACGUGGUGGUUGCUGCAGCUGGCGGGGCAGCGCUGGAUGAUUACUCGGCGGCGGGGGACGUGGUGGUUGCUGCAGCUGGCGGGGCAGCGCUGGAUGAUUACUCGGCGGCGGGGGACGUGGUGGUUGCUGCAGCUGGCGGGGCAGCGCUGGAUGAUUACUCGGCGGCGGGGGACGUGGUGGUUGCUGCAGCUGGCGGGGCAGCGCUGGAUGAUUACUCGGCGGCGGGGGACGUGGUGGUUGCUGCAGCUGGCGGGGCAGCGCUGGAUGAUUACUCGGCGGCGGGGGACGUGGUGGUUGCUGCAGCUGGCGGGGCAGCGCUGGAUGAUUACUCGGCGGCGGGGGACGUGGUGGUUGCUGCAGCUGGCGGGGCAGCGCUGGAUGAUUACUCGGCGGCGGGGGACGUGGUGGUUGCUGCAGCUGGCGGGGCAGCGCUGGAUGAUUACUCGGCGGCGGGGGACGUGGUGGUUGCUGCAGCUGGCGGGGCAGCGCUGGAUGAUUACUCGGCGGCGGGGGACGUGGUGGUUGCUGCAGCUGGCGGGGCAGCGCUGGAUGAUUACUCGGCGGCGGGGGACGUGGUGGUUGCUGCAGCUGGCGGGGCAGCGCUGGAUGAUUACUCGGCGGCGGGGGACGUGGUGGUUGCUGCAGCUGGCGGGGCAGCGCUGGAUGAUUACUCGGCGGCGGGGGACGUGGUGGUUGCUGCAGCUGGCGGGGCAGCGCUGGAUGAUUACUCGGCGGCGGGGGACGUGGUGGUUGCUGCAGCUGGCGGGGCAGCGCUGGAUGAUUACUCGGCGGCGGGGGACGUGGUGGUUGCUGCAGCUGGCGGGGCAGCGCUGGAUGAUUACUCGGCGGCGGGGGACGUGGUGGUUGCUGCAGCUGGCGGGGCAGCGCUGGAUGAUUACUCGGCGGCGGGGGACGUGGUGGUUGCUGCAGCUGGCGGGGCAGCGCUGGAUGAUUACUCGGCGGCGGGGGACGUGGUGGUUGCUGCAGCUGGCGGGGCAGCGCUGGAUGAUUACUCGGCGGCGGGGGACGUGGUGGUUGCUGCAGCUGGCGGGGCAGCGCUGGAUGAUUACUCGGCGGCGGGGGACGUGGUGGUUGCUGCAGCUGGCGGGGCAGCGCUGGAUGAUUACUCGGCGGCGGGGGACGUGGUGGUUGCUGCAGCUGGCGGGGCAGCGCUGGAUGAUUACUCGGCGGCGGGGGACGUGGUGGUUGCUGCAGCUGGCGGGGCAGCGCUGGAUGAUUACUCGGCGGCGGGGGACGUGGUGGUUGCUGCAGCUGGCGGGGCAGCGCUGGAUGAUUACUCGGCGGCGGGGGACGUGGUGGUUGCUGCAGCUGGCGGGGCAGCGCUGGAUGAUUACUCGGCGGCGGGGGACGUGGUGGUUGCUGCAGCUGGCGGGGCAGCGCUGGAUGAUUACUCGGCGGCGGGGGACGUGGUGGUUGCUGCAGCUGGCGGGGCAGCGCUGGAUGAUUACUCGGCGGCGGGGGACGUGGUGGUUGCUGCAGCUGGCGGGGCAGCGCUGGAUGAUUACUCGGCGGCGGGGGACGUGGUGGUUGCUGCAGCUGGCGGGGCAGCGCUGGAUGAUUACUCGGCGGCGGGGGACGUGGUGGUUGCUGCAGCUGGCGGGGCAGCGCUGGAUGAUUACUCGGCGGCGGGGGACGUGGUGGUUGCUGCAGCUGGCGGGGCAGCGCUGGAUGAUUACUCGGCGGCGGGGGACGUGGUGGUUGCUGCAGCUGGCGGGGCAGCGCUGGAUGAUUACUCGGCGGCGGGGGACGUGGUGGUUGCUGCAGCUGGCGGGGCAGCGCUGGAUGAUUACUCGGCGGCGGGGGACGUGGUGGUUGCUGCAGCUGGCGGGGCAGCGCUGGAUGAUUACUCGGCGGCGGGGGACGUGGUGGUUGCUGCAGCUGGCGGGGCAGCGCUGGAUGAUUACUCGGGGCCGUCGUAUUACCCCUCUGCUGCGGAUGCGACUGUGAAUGGAGAGACAGCGGCGGGGGACGUGGUGGUUGCUGCAGCUGGCGGGGCAGCGCUGGAUGAUUACUCGGCGGCGGGGGACGUGGUGGUUGCUGCAGCUGGCGGGGCAGCGCUGGAUGAUUACUCGGCGGCGGGGGACGUGGUGGUUGCUGCAGCUGGCGGGGCAGCGCUGGAUGAUUACUCGGCGGCGGGGGACGUGGUGGUUGCUGCAGCUGGCGGGGCAGCGCUGGAUGAUUACUCGGCGGCGGGGGACGUGGUGGUUGCUGCAGCUGGCGGGGCAGCGCUGGAUGAUUACUCGGCGGCGGGGGACGUGGUGGUUGCUGCAGCUGGCGGGGCAGCGCUGGAUGAUUACUCGGGGCCGUCGUAUUACCCCUCUGCUGCGGAUGCGACUGUGAACACGGAGGGAGAGGCGGGAGACGUGGUGGUUGCUGCAGCUGGCGGGGCAGCGCUGGAUGAUUACUCGGGGUACAUGGGGUUUGCUGCGGCAGUGCGGUACGGCGACUACAUGACAGCAGGCAUAGACGAGGAGGGCAACGCAUGGGGCGCUGUGCAGUAUGUGCCGGGGAGACCAAGAACCCACUGGACCAACUGGGCUACUUAUAUCUUCAAGGUGCAGCUGUAA